GGCCUUUCUUGAAAUUCCUAUGAGGUGAAGUCCACACAAAAAGAAAGAAAAAACUGGCAAGUUCACAGUAGGGGAGGAGCUAGGAGAUUUCUUUAUUUCGCUGGGAAAUCGUUCGAGACUUUUGAGCCACUCGAACAAACAACUCCCAUUUCGUAUAUUUGCAAUUUUGAGUUCCGCAUUCGAUUAAAGAUUUGAUUUUUAACAUCUGGGUAUUUCUGCAACCAUUUGCCCAUCUGUAAUGCGGAAAACUCGGCGAUUCUCUCCGGAGCCGGAGCCGGAUCUGAUCGGCGAAGCUCCGGUGGCAAUUUGAUGGGACUUGUGUGGUCUGGAGUAGCGGCGGUCUUGAAAGCUGCUUUUAAUGGAGUUGAGGAUUUGGUGUUGUAGUUUAUAUAGUACUGUUAGUGUUUGUUCAAAGCCGCUGGAGUUUUCUGCUAAGCUUCGAUUUCCAAUCUUUCUUCUCCAGGUUGUAUUGCUGUUACUCUGCUUUGAGUUUGGACAAACAUCAAUUCACGGGCAUCGGUUACUAAGGCAAGGGACAGAAAAGGAAAAUGAAGAUAUUAUAACUCAUUCUUGCAUUCACGAUCAGAUCAUUGAACAGAGGAAGCGACCCGGACGCCGGGUCUAUUCAGUUACCCCUCAGGUCUAUGAGGUGCCUGCUAUUUCAGAGCCUAUUCACCGAAAGGGAAGGGCGUUGCUGGGAAUAUCAAGGAAGUCAAAGGAUGUUAUGCAACCAAUUAGAAUUAUUUUAAAUUAUGAUGCUGUUGGGCACUCAUCCGAUAGAGACUGUCAAAAUGUUGGAGAUGUUGUUAAGUUAGGUGAACCACCAGGGGCUUCAUAUUCUGUUACACCUUGUAAUCCUCAGGGGGAUCCUCCAAUUUAUGGGGAUUGCUGGUAUAACUGUACUUUAGAUGAUAUAGCUGGAGAGGACAAAAAACACCGCUUACGCAAGGCACUUGGGCAAACAGCUGAGUGGUUUAAACAUGCAUUAGCUGUUGAGCCUGUGAGAGGGAAUCUGCGGUUGAGUGGAUAUUCUGCUUGUGGACAGGAUGGUGGUGUGCAACUUCCUAGAGAGUAUGUGGAAGAAGGAGUUGCUGAUGCAGAUCUAGUUCUUUUAGUAACUACAAGGCCUACAACUGGCAAUACACUUGCUUGGGCAGUCACAUGUGAGCGUGAUCAAUGGGGUCGUGCUGUUGCUGGGCAUGUAAAUGUUGCUCCACGUCACUUGACUGCCGAAUCAGAAACCUUACUCUCAGCUAGUCUAAUACACGAGGUUAUGCAUGUUCUAGGAUUUGACCCACAUGCAUUUGCACAUUUUCGAGAUGAGAGGAAGCGAAGGCGGAUUCAGGUGACUGAGCAGGCCAUGGAUGAAAAGCUUGGAAGAUUGGUGACUAGAGUGGUGCUUCCUCGAGUGAUCAUGCACGCUCGCUACCACUAUCGAGCGUUCUCAGCUAAUUUUAGUGGAUUGGAGCUUGAAGAUGGAGGUGGGCGUGGAACAUCAGGAUCUCACUGGGAGAAAAGGCUAUUGAUGAAUGAGAUAAUGACUGGGUCAGUUGACACAAGAUCAGUAGUUUCCAAAAUGACACUUGCCCUACUUGAGGACAGUGGAUGGUACCGUGCUAAUUACAGCAUGGCUGACCGCCUCGACUGGGGACGCAACCAAGGAACACACUUUGUCACUUCCCCUUGCAAUCAGUGGAAGGGGCCCUACCAUUGCAACUCUACACAGUUUUCCGGAUGCACUUACAACCGAGAGGCAGAAGGUUACUGUCCUAUUGUUAACUACAGCGGCAAUCUUCCCGAAUGGGCUCAAUAUUUUCCACAAGCUAACCGAGGUGGUCAGUCAUCAUUAGCUGAUUAUUGCACUUAUUUUGUUGCAUACUCUGAUGGAUCAUGUACAGACACUAACGGUGCACGUGCGCCUGACCAGAUGUUAGGAGAAGUUAGGGGGAGCAAUUCAAGGUGCAUGGCUUCAUCAUUGGUGCGCACCGGUUUUGUACGUGGUUCUAUGACCCAGGGAAAUGGUUGUUAUCAGCACAGAUGCUUUAACAACUCCCUACAGGUUGCUGUAGAUGGCAUUUGGAAAGUAUGCCCUCUUGCCGGUGGACCAGUUACCUUUCCUGGUUUUAAUGGUGAGCUGAUCUGCCCUGCAUAUCAUGAGCUUUGCCAUGAAAACCCAUUUCCGGUAUCAGAUCGUUGCCCAGCUUCAUGCAAUUACAACGGGGAUUGCAUUGACGGGAAAUGCCACUGCUUUCUUGGAUUUGAGGGACAUGAUUGUAGUAAACGUUCCUGCCCCAACGGUUGUAGUGACCACGGCAAGUGCCUUAGAAACGGUGUUUGUGAGUGUGAUAUUAGGUACACCGGCAUUGAUUGUUCCACAGCGAUAUGCGAUGAACAGUGCAGCCUUCACGGGGGCGUGUGCGACAACGGAGUCUGCGAGUUCCGGUGCUCGGACUACGCGGGCUACACGUGCCAGAACAGUACGGCGCUCCUUCCGAGCCUCUCAGUUUGCAAAGACGUGUUGAGGAAGGAUGCCGUCUGGAAACACUGUGCUCCCAGUGAGUUGAGUAUCUUGCAGCAGCUUGAAGAAGUUGUUGUGAUGCCCAAUUACCACAGGCUCUUUCCCGCCGGGCCCCGCAAGAUACUUAACCUCAUCCGAGGCCGUGACUGCGAUGGUGCUGCUAAGCGUUUGGCUUGCUGGAUCUCAAUCCAAAAGUGUGACAAGGACGGGGACAACAGGCUUAGGGUUUGCCACUCGGCCUGCCAGUCCUACAACUCGGCAUGCGGGGCGUCUCUCGACUGCUCGGACCAGACGCUGUUUAGCAGUGAUGGCGAGGGGGAAGGCGUAUGCACCGGGUGGGAUGACGAGUUUAUGUAAAUUGUAGUAGCAGUAAUCUUUCUUCUUCUUCUUUUGUUGUUGUUUGAUUAUGAUUAUUGUCAUUGAAAAUUGUAAUGGUGGGUCUGUAUUAGGGAGUGAAUAGGAGGAAAAGAUGAGGGUUUAACCAGGUUUUAGGGUAGGGGUGAAAAUGAUGAUGUGGGCACGAAGUGUCCCAUGCAUUGUGUGUAGAAGAAGAACAAUGUUGUUGUUGUUGUAGCCUUUGUUUGUGUUUGUCUGUCAUUUUCUCCCCUCUUUGGCACAAUCAAGAAGAAAGAAGCCCAUGAGGGGGGGGGGGGGGAGAGAGAUUUGUUGACUUUUUACAGAGAAAUCAAUUGCUCUAAUGGAUUUGGCCAAAGGCCUUCAGAACAGAGCAAUGGAGAAACAAAAAACACAAAUCUUUGCUCUCUUUGUUUUGUUUUCUUGCAUAAUUUUAGACAGUCGUUUGGUUAACCGCGUUGAAAUGUGAUGUAAUAAUGUAACGAAAAUGUAGUCGAAAAUUGUGAAUUUACUUCAAUCAUUGCAUUUUUUGACCAUCUCUUAUUCAAAUGUACUUAUUUAAUUAAAGAAUGUUGAAACAAAAGCUGAAAGCAAGAAUUAAUGCAAUAACAAUGAAAGCAAGAAUUAAUGGUGUCGUCCCCGAUAAAGACUGAAAAUCAUGCUCAAACUCUUGGCGUUUCCAUCUUCAUCGUCUUGGUCUUCGUGCCCCGGGUAUAAUAAAGGUAUUGGAGAAUGAUCUAUUGAUGAUGUUAAUUGGAAAUGGUGAAUCAAGAAUGUGUAUAUAUGGAAAGAUUACUACCUCCGUCCUAUUUUAAAUUGCUUGUUUGUCUUUUUUUCUCCGUCCUAAAAUAAGUUGCCUGUUAGUUGUUUUCGUAAACUUUUAAGAGUAAAAUACCUAAACUACUUUUAAAAUAAGUCAUUUUUCUUCACUUUAUCUUUUCAUUCACCGUCAUCCCUUUUAAAAAGUACUGACAAUUUCGAAAAAUCAACUCUAUUUUUUCUUUUCCUAAAAUAUGCUCAAAAGUCAAAACAAGUGAUUUAAAACGGAACGUAGGGAGUAUAUAGUAUGUGAUUAUAUAGUAAAGAAAAGAACAAUUGGAGAGAUCACUAGAGAGGAUACAAAGAGGUCGAGGACGACACACGCAACAGCAUCUACCAGCCACGCCAUGUUUGCGUUUAUUUUCUCCCAUUCCAUGCUUCUCACCAAUAUACUGCGGUCGCCAUUACCAUUAUGUAUCAUAAUUUUCAAUUAUACAUGGAUAUCUGUCUGUUUUCACUUUAAGUACCACUAAGAACAUUCUUAAUUAUAUCAUCUCCAAUAAUUUUGUUUUCUAAAAACUACUUCUUCUGUCCCAAUGAGUCUGUUCACUUUUUCUUUUUGGGGUGUUCUAACCUAUCAGUUAAUCCACUUCCUACACAUGGUUAAGAAAUAUAUGCUAACAUUACUAUUUUACCCCUACCUUUUCAAAUUUAAUGCUCCCAACUUAUUCAACCAAGGGCAACUUGGUCUUUUUAUUCCCCUAAGUCAUUGGUCUUUAUGCCAAAAUCAAAGUGGACAAAGUGAUUAAGAAAGGAGGAAGUAAUAUGCCGUUUCCGUCUCAGAAUAAAUUUUAAAUUUCUUUUUUCUUGUUAAAGAGUGAAAAACGUGUAUCACAAUUUUUCUUUUUUCGAUCAUCAAAUAAAUGGCAAACAUGCAC